GCGGACGCCGACGUCAUGACGUCGUGCUCCCUCUGGAGCUUCCCGGGCUCCGGCGGUCACGUGGGCCGCUUUUCGCGCGAAAACUGGUUGUUGUCAGCGGAGCGGAGAGGAGCGCGGCGCUGCGAUGGCGGAAUCGUCCGAGUCCUUCACGGUGGCGUCCAGCCCCGCCCCGAGGAGGCGAGGCAAUGAUCCUCUCACCUCCAGCCCUGGGCGGAGCUCCCGGCGCACGGAUGCCCUGACCUCCAGCCCUGGCCGCGACCUUCCUCCCUUUGAGGAUGAGUCGGAGGGGCUGCUCGGCACAGAGGGGCCCCUGGAGGAGGAGGAAGAGGAUGGAGAGGAGCUUUUCGGAGAUGGCAUGGAGAGGGACUACCGUCCCAUCCCGGCGCUGGACGUCUUCGAGCCCGAGGGGCUGGCCCCGGACGACGAGGACGUGGAGGAGCUGACUGCCAGUCAGAGGGAGGCGGCCGAGCGGGUCAUGCGGCAGCGCGACCGGGAGGCGGGCCGGGGCCUGGGCCGCCUGCGCCGCGGGCUCCUGUACGACAGCGACGAGGAGGAGGAGGCGCGCCCCGGCCGGAAGCGGCGGCAGGUGGAGCGGGCCACGGAGGCGGGGGAGGAGGACGAGGACAUGAUCGAGAGCGUGGAGAACCUGGAGGACCUGAAGGGCCACUCGGUGCGCGAGUGGGUGAGCCUGGCCGGCCCGCGGCUGGAAAUCCACCACCGCUUCAAGAACUUCCUGCGCACCCACGUGGACGGCCGCGGCCACAACGUCUUCAAGGAGCGCAUCAGCGACAUGUGCAAAGAGAACCGCGAGAGCCUGGUGGUGAACUACGAGGACCUGGCUGCCAGGGAGCACGUCCUGGCCUACUUCCUGCCGGAGGCGCCGGCGGAGCUGCUGCAGAUUUUCGACGAGGCUGCCCUGGAGGUGGUGCUGGCCAUGUACCCCAAGUACGACCGCGUCGCCAGCCGCGUGCACGUGCGCAUCUCUCACCUGCCCCUGGUGGAGGAGCUGCGCUCGCUCAGGCAGCUGCACCUGAACCAGCUGAUCCGCACCAGCGGGGUGGUGACCAGCUGCACGGGCGUCCUGCCGCAGCUCAGCUUGGUCAAGUACAACUGCAACAAGUGUGGCUUCGUGCUGGGGCCUUUCUGCCAGUCCCAGAACCAGGAGGUGAAGCCGGGCUCCUGCCCCGAGUGCCAGUCAGCCGGCCCCUUUGAGGUCAACAUGGAGGAGACCAUCUACCAGAACUACCAGCGCAUCCGAAUCCAGGAGAGUCCUGGCAAGGUGGCAGCCGGCCGGCUGCCCCGCUCCAAGGACGCCAUCCUCCUCGCGGACCUGGUGGACAGCUGCAAGCCCGGCGACGAGAUAGAGCUGACAGGCAUCUACCACAACAACUACGACGGGGCCCUCAACACCGCCAACGGCUUCCCCGUCUUCGCCACCGUCAUCCUCGCCAACCACGUGGCCAAGAAGGACAACAAGGUGGCCGUGGGCGAGCUGACCGAUGAGGACGUGCGGAUGAUCACCAGCCUCUCCAAGGACCAGCAGCUCGGGGAGAAGAUCUUUGCCAGUAUCGCGCCCUCCAUCUACGGGCACGAAGACAUCAAGCGUGGCCUGGCGCUGGCUCUGUUCGGAGGGGAGCCCAAGAACCCCGGCGGCAAGCACAAGGUGCGAGGCGACAUCAACGUGCUGCUGUGUGGAGAUCCCGGCACAGCCAAGUCCCAGUUCCUCAAGUACAUCGAGAAGGUGUCCAGCAGAGCCAUCUUCACUACCGGCCAGGGGGCCUCAGCCGUGGGCCUCACGGCGUAUGUCCAGCGGCACCCGGUCAGCAGGGAGUGGACCUUGGAGGCUGGGGCCCUGGUCCUGGCUGACCGAGGGGUGUGUCUCAUUGAUGAAUUUGACAAGAUGAACGACCAGGACAGGACCAGCAUCCAUGAGGCCAUGGAGCAGCAGAGCAUCUCCAUCUCCAAGGCUGGCAUCGUCACCUCCCUGCAGGCCCGCUGCACUGUCAUCGCCGCCGCCAACCCUAUUGGUGGCCGCUAUGACCCCUCGCUCACCUUCUCGGAAAACGUGGACCUCACGGAGCCCAUCAUUUCCCGCUUCGACAUCCUGUGUGUGGUGAGGGACACGGUGGACCCAGUCCAGGACGAGAUGCUGGCCCGUUUCGUGGUCGGCAGCCACGUCAGGCACCACCCCAGCAACAAGGAGGCUGCGGGGCUGGGGGGCGCGCCGGAGCCCGCCAUGCCCAACACGUACGGCGUGGAGCCCCUGCCGCAGGAAGUGCUGAAGAAGUACAUCAUCUAUGCCAAGGAGAAGGUCCACCCAAAGCUCAACCAGAUGGACCAGGACAAGGUGGCCAAGAUGUACAGUGACCUGAGAAAGGAGUCCAUGGCCACUGGCAGCAUCCCCAUCACCGUGCGGCACAUCGAGUCCAUGAUCCGCAUGGCUGAGGCCCACGCGCGCAUGCACCUGCGGGACUACGUGAUGGAGGACGACGUCAACAUGGCCAUCCGCGUGAUGCUCGAGAGCUUCGUGGACACGCAGAAGUUCAGCGUCAUGCGCGGCAUGCGGAAGACCUUCGCCCGCUACCUGUCUUUCCGCCGCGACAACAACGAGCUGCUGCUCUUCAUCCUGAAGCAGCUGGUGGCCGAGCAGGUGACGUAUCAGCGCAACCGCUUCGGGGCGCAGCAGGACACGAUCGAGGUGCCCGAGAAGGACCUGGUGGACAAGGCUCGUCAGAUCAACAUCCACAACCUGUCCGCCUUUUACGACAGCGAGCUCUUCAGGAUGAACAGGUUCAGCCACGACCUGAAACGCAAGGUCAUUCUCCAGCAGUUCUGAGCGGCCGCCCGGCGCGUGGUCACCGGGUCGCUGCCGCGGGAGCGCGCGCCGUCCUGGCCCCGCGUGCGGGCCGGGAUUUCCGCUGCGCUCCCGCCCGGGGCCGCGUUUCCAGUCCCCCCGGCAGCCGUCCAUCACCUGCAGGAGGCUCACCUCGCCACCCUCCUGGGAUUGAAGGCCCUUGUGCUCCGGACCCCUGGGAGCUGUUCUCUUUUGGCUGAAAAGAGCGAGCUCUCGGGACUCGCAGUGUUUUUCGGAAGUGUGUCCCGCAGGCUUCUCUGGGCUCCUGUGAGUAGAGACAGCUUGUGGGUCCUGCCGAAAUGGGACCCUGUCGUCAGCACAGCCCUGUGCCCUCUGACGGCCCUGCAGCCUUGGCUUCUGCCGGUGGGAGGGGUGGGUUUGGGGUCAGAUGGUGACGACCUCGUGAUGAGGGUCAUUGGAACUGGGCCACCCCAUCACCAUUGCUGAGAUUGUCUGUUCUACCUGAGCCUUGCCUCAUUUUCUUGUUUGUGUAUUCAGUUCUUGUUUCUGUAGUUUUAGUUUUUAAUAAAAUGGAGUUAA